CAACGCUAACCGAAAAUUUCGGCCUUGGGUUUUUAGGGUUUAAGGCUGGCAAGUCCUGGCUGCUGAGGGUUUUGGGGGUUUCUAAGACUGAAGAGUGUUUGCUUUCGGCAUUUUCUGCUUCGUAUAUUCAUCAUGUGGGCACUACGCCGAGUUCCUAAGCCGCUCAGAGAUACAAGUAUCAGAACUGGAGCUUCUUUUUCUGCUUCUGCUAGAUUACAAACUUCAAAUACUUUCAUUGAAAAAAAUGCUAUUUUUUCUGGUUCUUCUCAACUGGUUUCUGAUACAUGUCCAACUUUAUUGAGAUUUUACCGAUCAACACAUGCUUCCUCUAAUUUCUCUGUUUGGAGAUGUGGCCUUUCUUCCCAAGCUGGUGCUGAAAGCAGUGGGGAGGAAGAUGACUUGGAAGAUGGUUUUUCUGAACUUGAAACAGCUGGUAAUUCUGAGAACAAAAGAGAUCAUAUUGCUAAGGAUGCAACUGAAGAUGGACUGGAUUCUGAUCAAGAAUUUUCUGUUGAUGUCGAAGAAACUGCCUCAAAUGAGCUAGAAUUGUUUGGGGCUGAGACUGAUGUCAGUGAUAAAAAGUCAUCUGGAAGGAGGACUACCUCAGGAUUAUUCAAAGCUCUUAUCUCUGCUCCAGGUCUUUCUACUCAUAAGGUUCUUGAUAAGUGGCUUGAGGAAGGAAAAAGUCUAAGCAGAGCUGAGAUUUCAUCAGCAACGCUUAAUCUUCGCAAGCGCCGAAUGUAUGGGAGGGCAUUGCAGCUCUCUGAGUGGCUGGAGAUGAAGCAGCAGCUUGAAUUUAAUGAGAAAGAUUAUGCUUCUCGUCUUGAUUUGAUUGCCAAAAUACGAGGUCUCCAGAAGGCAGAAGACUACAUUCAGACUAUCCCAAAAUCUUUCAGAGGAGAGAUAAUCUACAGAACCCUGCUGGCUAACUGUGUUGUAUCUAACAAUCUGAAGAAAGCAGAAGAGGUCUUCAACAAAAUGAAGGACCUAGAAUUCCCAAGUACUGCUUUUGCUUGCAACCAGCUGUUGCUCCUCUAUAAGAGGCUUGACAAGAAAAAAAUAGCUGAUGUGCUGUUGUUAAUGGAGAAAGAAAAUGUCAAACCUACGCUCUUUACUUACAGAAUCUUAAUUGACACGAAAGGUUUAUGUAAUGACAUAUCUGGGAUGGAGCAAAUUGUUGAGACAAUGAAGGCUGAAGGUAUUGAACCAGACAUCCAGAUACAAUCUGUCCUGGCUAAGCACUAUGCCUCAGCAGGCCUAAUGGAAAAAGCUGAGGAAGUUCUGAAGGCAAUGGAAGGGGACAACAUAAAAGAGAAUCGUUGGGUUUACAGGUUUUUGCUUCCUCUGUAUGCUGGUCUUGGAAAGGCUGAUGAAGUAGAAAGAAUUUGGAAGAUCUGUGAUUCAAAACCCCGCUUUGAAGAGUUUCUGGCUGGUAUUGAAGCCUGGGGAAAGUUAGGUAAAAUUGAAAAAUCAGAGGAAAUUUUCGAAAGGCUGUUAAAAACAUCAAAAAAGCUUCCUGCAAGGUAUUAUACCCAUCUCUUGAAGGUAUACUCAAACCAUAAGAUGCUGGAAAAAGGGAAGGAUCUUGUUAAGCGAAUGGCUGGUAAUGGGUGCCAGAUUGGCCCAUUCACUUGGGAUGCUCUUGUGAAGCUUCAUGUGGAAGCAGGGGAUGUGGAAAAGGCUGACUCAAUCUUGCAGAAGGCAUGCCAGCAAAAUGAAAUUAAGCCCAUGUUUACUACUUUCAUGGUUGUGAUGGAGCAGUAUGCUAGGAGGGGUGAUAUCCAUAACGCAGAAAAAAUGUUACAUAGAAUGAGACAGGCCGGAUAUGUAGCUCGAGUUAGUCAAUUCCAAACUCUAGUCAGAGCGUAUAUAAAUGCCAAAGCUCCAGCUUAUGGGAUCAGGGAGAGAAUGAAAGCAGAUAACAUAUUCCCUAAUAAGUCCUUAGCUGCUCUGUUGCCUCAAGUUGAUGCAUUCAGGAGGACUUCAGUGUCUGAUUUGCUCGACUAAGGAUUUCAAUGGUUACUUCAGGUAUCCAUUUUAAUGGCAACCUCUAUUUCUAUGCACAGUUCUUAUAUGUUUCAUGUGGUCAAAUAUUGGUUGUCUACUUCUAGACAUUCUGUUCUGUUCAAACUUCAAACCGUACUAAGCUUUUGAGAAAUAUGUUAUUAAAUUUUCUUUUAUUUGUGCUCA